AAUCAUCAGACGACAUCCAAUUAGCGCCCAGAGAAUCUGGCAGGGCACGCUGGGUACUGUAGUCCGCCUCGUGUCCGCGGGCCGGCGCUUUGCCUCCUGGGAAGUGUCGCGCAUGCGGCUAUUUCGAGCGGGAGGAGUACGACGGGAGCUGUGGGCAAAGGGCUCUACGGCUCAUGGGCUAUGCGAUAAGGAGACUUGCGGCGCACUGCCCCAUGGGAGUCCCUGGCGCACUGCCUCACGCGCGUCUCUGUUCUCCAUCCAGGGGAGCCCCUUUGCCGUGCAGAGCCCAGCCCGCAGCCACUACCACCCCUCGCCCAUCCGCCCACCCGGCCCUCAGCACCAACGAAUGGCCCUGAGCCCAGUCCGCCUGCUACCUGGUGUCCCUGCUGUUACCCCUCAUCCACAGUGCCCCUCAGAGCCCGCAGUCUCCAGGCCCCCAGAUCUCAGCUUCCUGCAGGGCACCAGCUGUCAGGGGACAGCCCUGGAUUCGGACUCCACUGACCCCUUUCCCGAAUCGUGGCCCUCAACUGAGCGCACCUCCCCUGACACGCCUCAAGAGACAGCAGCCUUGGGACAGCCCCUGCACCCGCCAGCCUCAAAGCAGGACAGAGAGUCCAUCAUUGCCAAAUACAUAGAGCGUUUCCGCCAUGGGCAGCCGAGCAGCCGCAGCCAGCGCCAGAUGCCUCCCGCACACCCAAACAAAGAAUUCUGGUGGCUGGAGCCAGUUCCUCCCUCCGUCAGCUCCACCCCAAAAGGGAGGGCAAAGCCAGACUGUGCCAAGCUGGAAGAGGUGGAGCCAGGAUGGGCACUUACCAGCCCCCCGCUGCGCCCCGAGGGGAGCCCCUCAGACACCACCCUGCUGGAGUCACCUGACGCUGACACCCACAGCCUGCAGGAGAGAGCCGCACAGCUGCUGCUGAGAAGCGAGUCCUCCCUGAGCAGCACUGUCCCCGUCAGCUCCGAGGGGCUGCGCUCCACACCCCCACACAGCACCCCGGACUUGGACCAGGCGCUUCCCAGCCCCCCUCAGCUCUCCCUGCCGAAGCCCUCUUCAGGGCGGCUGCUGCCCCCCACCUGCUGGCCUCCUGCCCACUUCCCACAGUGCUCUUCUUCCACUCGGCCAGAGGACGACAUCCUGUUCCAGUGGCGAUUGCGCCGGAAGAUGGAACAGAGCGAGAGGGCGUGCACAGGACGUCCUGGCCCGGGGCUGCUGCCAGAUGGGAUGGCAUGGCGGAGUGGCGAUGGCACCACAUUCCCAGCACCUGCUGCCCAGCCAGAAGUGAGAUCUGGCCCAGAGUGGGCACCAGGACCCACCACACUUCUCCACGGGGUGGGGCACUCCCUGGAGGUGCCUUUCCUGAGUAUGGAGCCAGUUGUGGGGCAGAGCCCCAUGCCAGUCUCCCUCCUGGGGCAGCUGGCACCUGCUGCCACCCCCUCCAGCACACCACAGCCUGAGGGAGAUGGAGGAGGAGCUGCAGAGAGGUGGAGCGCCUGGGAUGCUCAGCGAGGAACGGGACCGGUGGAGGGGCCCGGCUCCCAGGAUGCUCGGCGAGGAACGGGGCCAGCGGAGGGGCCUGGCUCCCAGAAUGCAGGGCAGGGAGCCGCCUCCCCUCCAGAGCAGGGCACUGCAGCAGAACUCCCGGCCCCUGGCUCCCAGCACCCGCAGCUGCUGCACCUGGCAGCUCAGCUGCUGGAGGAGGCGGAAGAAUCGGAUGGUGCUGAGUUUGAAGAGGAUCCGCUGCUGCAGCUGCUGCGGGGCCAGCGGGAAAAUCUGCGCAGCCAGCUCUGGGUUUCCAGCCCCCCCAUCAUGGAGCCCCAUGUGCUGCGCCGAUUCUCCUCAAUGGACAACAGCCAUCCCAAGUGGAUGCCCCGCCUGCGCUCCCUCUCCAUGGCCCGCAGCACGGACAGUCUGGAUGGGACGGGGGAUGGGCCACUCCGCCCCCUGGGGAACACAACUACCAGUGUCAAGGGCAAAGGCUCCAAGAGGCUGUCCAUCACCCGAGCCCAUUUCCCCAAGCUGGCUGAGUGCGCCCACUUCCACUAUGAGGCCGUGGACUUUGGACACAUCCAGGGACCUCACCUUCUGGACUCCUGGGUCCUGUCCAGGUGUUCCCAGGUGCCGCUCGUCCUUUCUGGGCAAGGGAGACUGAUCACCCGGAUGCCUGGGUCCAGCGAGGGGUCUUUCCCGAGUGCCGGAGCUGGGGGCACCUGGACAGCAGGCUGGGGCAGGGCGUGGGGCCACGCCAGCAGUGGGUGGCUUGGAGUUGGGUUAGGGGACUGGGUUCUCUCCUUGGAUGGGGGUGGGAGACGUUCACGGGAUCUGGGCUGAGCCUGCACCAAGUGGUGCCCCCGGACGCCUGGGUCCCGCAAGGACACCCCAUCUCAUUGCCUGUGCAC